AUGUUGGAGAAUUUGACUGAUAAAGGGAAGGAGGUGGUGUUGACCUUAUUCAAUAAGACUGAGUUGGGAAAGACACAAGCAGAAGUUCAGCAGAUGAUCCAGGAGCGAGUGAAGAAGAUUGAGGAAAUCAGACACUCUGUAGAACUCAAUAAAAAAAACACAGAGAAGGAGAAAGCAGACAGUGUGAAGGUCUUCAGUGCUCUGAUGCGCUGCAUUGAGAGAAGUCAGGCUGAGCUGCUUAUGGUGAUGGAGGAGAAGCAGAAAGCAGCAGAGAUGCAGGCUGAAGAGUUCAUUAAAGAGCUGGAGCAGGAAAUCACUGAGCUAAAGAGGAGAAACACUGAGCUGGAGCAGAUCUCACACACUGAUGAUCACCUCCACCUCCUACAGAUUUACCCGUCACUGUGCAGCCCUCCACACACCCAGGACUGGACUGACGUCACAAUUAACUCUCAUCUGAGUGAGGAGACUCUGAGGAGAGCUCUGUCUCAGCUUCAGGUAACUCUCAGUGAGGAAAUGGAGAAGGUUCCAGAGAUUAUGGAUGUGACUCUGGAUCCUGAUACAGCUCAUCCUGAACUCAUCCUGUCUGAUGAUGGGAAACAAGUUACAUGUGGAGACAAGAGACAGAAUCUCCCUGAUAACCCAGAGAGGUUUGAUCGUUAUGUCUAUGUUUUGGGAAAGGAGGGAUUCUCCUCAGGGAGAUUUUACUAUGAGGUGCAGGUCAGAGGGAAGACUGCGUGGGAUUUAGGAGUGGCCAGAGAGUCCAUUAACAGGAAAGGGAAGAUUACAGCCAGUCCUGAAGAUGGGCAAUGGAGUGUGUGGCUGUGGAAUGAGACUGAAUAUGAGGCUUGUGAUUCUCCCUCUGUCCCCCUCUCCUUGAAACAGGCUCCUCAGAAGGUGGGGGUGUUUGUAGAUUAUGAGGAGGGUCUGAUCUCCUUCUAUGAUGUUGAUGCAAAAUCUCUUAUCUACUCUUUCAGUGGUCAGAAUUUCACUGAGAAACUUUAUCCAUACUUCAGCCCCAGUCUCAAUGAUGGAGGUAAAAAUUCAGCUCCACUGAUCAUCUGCCCUGUUCAUCAGAUCUAA